GUAUUUUUAAACUAAAGAUACUUUACUUAAAUACUUGUUAUUCGGCAUGGAAGUUGUUUGGAAGAAUAUAAAAUUUAAAUAUAUAUUUGCCUGCAUUUUAAUUACAUUUAUUAUUUCAUGCCUGAUAAGUAUCGCACCUAUAAGUAUUGAUGAAUGCAAGUGUGAAAUAGCUACACAAUCAAGUCAAUACAGUAAUAAUAAAUGGCAAAGUAAUGAUAAUAAAAUUUACAAAAAAACCUUACAUCGUUUAGCUAUACUUGUGCCAUUUCGAGAUCGCUUUGAAGAAUUACUGAUAUUUGCUCCACAUAUGAAAAAAUUUUUAGAUAAACAAAAUAUAAAUUAUCACAUAUUUGUACUUAAUCAGGUUGAUAGAUUUAGAUUUAAUCGGGCCUCUCUUAUAAAUGUAGGCUUUCUUGAAAUUAACAAAGAGUUUGAUUAUAUAGCUAUACAUGAUGUAGACUUGUUGCCUAUAAAUGAUGAAUUAUUAUAUUCUUUCCCUAAUAAGAGCCCAUAUCAUAUAUCUUCCCCAGAGUUACAUCCUAGAUACCAUUAUACAACUUUUGUUGGUGGAAUAUUACUUAUUAAAAGAGAACAUUUUAUACAAGUGAAUGGAAUGUCUAAUAAAUAUUGGGGAUGGGGUCUUGAAGAUGAUGAAUUUUAUGUUAGAUUGAAAGAAGCUGGAUUAAGUGUUAUAAGACCACAAAAUAUAUCUACUGGAACACACAACACAUUCAAACAUAUACAUGACAGAAACCAUAGGAAGCGAGAUAUGAUAAAAUGUUAUAAUCAACGGGAGGUUACUAGAAAACGAGAUCGUCAAACUGGCUUAAAUAACGUUUCUUAUAAAAUAUUAGGUAUGAUUACAAUGACUAUUGAAGAUACUCCAUUAACAGUCCUUAAUAUUUCUCUAAUGUGUGAUAAAAUGAUUACACCUUGGUGCGAAUGUGAUAAAAUACUUGGAUCCAAGGAUGGAAAAUCAAAGGAGAAAAAGAAAGUUAAUAAUAACAAGUCUGCCACUGGAUUGUAAUUAUUCUAAUAAAAAUUGUGUUAAAAGAAAAAAGAAUACAUAUACACAUAUGUAUAA